AUGCAGGAAAGCUUCCGGCAAGAGUCGGGACCAAGUAGAAAACGGCGAAAGAUACAGUCUCCCGAUGUGUUCAUAAGCCAUGCUGGCCCGGACAAGCUACACAUCGCACGUCCUCUUUCCGAGAAAUUGCAAGCUCAUGGUUUAAGUUGCUUCCUCGACAAAAUCUCGAUGGAGCCCGGGGACUGCGGAGAGGAUGAAAUGACGAAGGCUAUGGAGUCUGCGAAGGUCGGAAGGAAUAUUUUUGAAGUUGAGAAGUUUUUCAGCGAGGAACGACAGCACGAAGCGAGCACGGAUACGGUGAAGGGGGAGCUAAAAGAGCUGGCAGGUAUUACUGGGAUUGAAAAUGACGGCGGGGCAACAAACCUGCCAGAAGAUGAAUUCGCCCAUCUUGCAAGGGAACAUCUUGUGAAACGAGUGUUUCUGUGGGUGAAAAAGAAAAGUGAGGAGGACUCAAGUGAUGAGCAAGAAGCCGACCACCUUCACGAUCUUAUUCCACGAGCAAGCACGAGCAUCGAUACUCACGUGGCGGUCAAGCAAGGAGCGGACCGCUGUAUUCAACAAGUAAGCGCGGCCGUCGAGUCGACCAGGGGAGGCACGGGAGAUACCUUCAGGGCGUCGAUAAGAGCCGAACAUAAUCCUGCGUCGAUAUGUGUGAAGCUUGAUUCUCGGGGGAGCGAUGGAUUACCAAACACGUGUGAGUCGCGUCUAAAAGCGGCUGUGCUCCGAAGAGAUAGGAACAAGCAAGUGGGUGCGACAGCAGUGGGACAGGGCGGAGUCGGGAAGACAUGUGCCCUGCGGGCGAUCGCGCAUGACGAUAAGAUUAUGGAAGAGUUUUCGGGAGGAGUGUACUUCAUGUCGUUGGGGAAAGACGGAAACGUGGGACGGCUGAUUGAAGAACUGUGUCUGAUUGUGGAAGCGUCCGGUGGCAAGCAGACGGCUGCGGAAAUGCGAGAGCAGAGCGAGUUUGGAAGGGUGUUAACGAAGGUACAAGCGUGGUUUUGCAGGCAUGUGUGUCUGUUCAUCAUUGAUGAUGUAUGGGUGGUGAAUGAUAUAGACUCGAACAUCCUUCAAAAGUUGUCUGUUCUGGCUGAGACUGCGGGGGGCAGCGGGGGAAGGAGGAGCAGACUCUUGUACUCUACGAGGGAUAGGGAGCUGCGUCAACUUGGGAAGCGGAUUGCUUUCGAGCCGAGGGAGAAUGUAGGGAAAGAAGCAGUUGAGAUGCUUGUGCACGCGAGUGAGGCGAGUCGAGAGGAAGUGGAUAAUGCGAGAUGCAAGGAGGCCGUGCGUGAAAUACUGGAAAUGUGUGGGGGAUUGCCGCUUGCCCUAAACGUAGCCGGAACGAGUGUGAGGUACAUGAGGGAAAGAUGGGAGGGAGAAGUGUCAGAAGCAUGGGGGGCGUACCUUUCGAGGAUGAAGAGGCGUAACACGAUUCGCGGUGAGAGUCCGAAGGACGGAUAUUUGUCGUUGGAUGGGACAUUGCACACGUCACUAGAUAUCCUGGAGUCGGCGGAUGUGGGAAGCAGUGGGGAGACGGUUGGUGAAUUUUCGUUUCGAAAGAUGCACCGGAGUCUGUGUGUUAUGAAAAAGCAAGACUGGAUACCUUUGUGUUUGGUUGGAGAUUUGUGGGAGAUGGAGGAGUGGACGGAAAGGUGUGCAAAGGAGAUGGAAAGGGUUGGAUUAGUAGAAUUGCAGUAUAAGAAGGGUUGUGGUGGGUUGCGGGUGCAUGAUCUGACGCACGAUUUCGCGGUGCAAGAAGCGAAGAAGAAGGAGGGUGUAGAAGAGUGGUAUAAGAAGAUGGGGGAUAUAUGCAGUGCAGGAGGAGGGUUGCUUGCAAUGAGUGAGGGCCGAGAUGGAGAGGGCAAGAGCGGACGGGAGGAGUAUGUUUUCGAGAACAUAUAUCGUGUUCUGAGACAGGGUGGGUGUGUAGAGGAGCUGAAGAGACUAUUUUUGAGUGCGCGAUGGGUGAAGACAGUGCUACAGAGAGGCGGGGUUUGGCAAUACGAGGAAGCUGUGAAGGGGUUGAGUAGAGAUUUGAAGUGGAAAAGAGGAAGUGGGCAGGAGGUGGGAAGGGUAGGGGUAGAUGAGGAUGCAGUGGAUGGGAUGGUUUUGAUGAUGCGGGCUGCGCGACUGAGUAUACCGUUUUGUGGUGAAAGUAGUGCCGGGAUUUACUUUCAACUAUAUGGGCGAGUGAAGCACAAGGCACGGCAAUCAGGUUGUGUGCAAAAGAUCCUGGAAGAAAUCGAGAAAUACGCACCACGGCCGUGGGUGCGGCCUGUGAGUGAGUGUGUAGCGCGAGCCGAUGGAAGGUUGGUGGAGCAGAUUGUUCUGCCGUAUGAUAAUACUGGAAAAGUUGAAGUCGGCAUAGAUUGCAGGGGUGCAGUGUUUGGAUGUCAGGUGGAGAAGUCCGGGGGAGAAAUAACAGUUUGCACGCAAUCUGCUGAGAAGGAGACGAAGAUGGUUCGAUUAGAAGGCGAGUUCGAAGCGGAGAGCCGGGGCCCAGAGGAGCUUGGAACAAGCAGGCGCAAAAGGGGUUUGCGGGAAAAUUUUGGGAUGCGCAUUGGAAGUGUAACCCCCGAAGUGACUGGAGAAAACCCGAGCGUGACGAGAGCUACCUGCGCAACAUUCUGUGAGAGGAAGGGGUAUGUUGUUGUGGGAUAUGAAGACGGGACGUUAAGGGUGUGGAGUACAUCGGAGAGGAAAGUAUUGAGAAGUUUCCGCGGUCAUAGGUCGGGAGUGCAUUGCGUUGCGAUGAGUGGGGACGGAAGACGUGUGGUAUCUGGAUCGUUUGACAAGAGCGUGCGGGUGUGGGACGUGGAGACGGGAGCACAAGUCGGGGAGGCGUUGGUUGGACACAUGGGUUGGGUGCUUAGCGUUGCGAUGAGUGGGGACGGAAGACGUGUGGUAUCUGGAUCGUUUGACAAGAGUGUGCGGGUGUGGGACGUGGAGACGGGAGCACAAGUCGGGGAGGCGUUAGUUGGACACAUGGGUUCGGUGUGGAGCGUUGCGAUGAGUGGGGACGGAAGACGUGUGGUAUCUGGAUCCCGGGACAAGAGCGUGCGGGUGUGGGACGUGGAGACGGGAGCACAAGUCGGGGAGGCGUUAGUUGGACACAUGGGUUCGGUGUGGAGCGUUGCGAUGAGUGGGGACGGAAGACGUGUGGUAUCUGGAUCGCAUGACAAGAGCGUGCGGGUGUGGGACGUGGAGACGGGAGCACAAGUCGGGGAGGCGUUAGUUGGACACACGGGUUGGGUGUGGAGCGUUGCGAUGAGCAAGGACGGAAGACGAGUGGUAUCUGGAUCGCAUGACAAGAGCGUGCGGGUGUGGGACGUGGAGACGGGAGCACAAGUCGGGGAGGCGUUAGUUGGACACACGGGUGUGGUGGCUAGCGUUGCGAUGAGUCGGGACGGAAGACGUGUGGUAUCCGGAUCCAAGGACAAGAGCGUGCGGGUGUGGGACGUGGAGACGGGAGCACAAGUCGGGGAGGCGUUAGUUGGACACGCGGACUGGGUGGAUAGCGUGGCGAUGAGUGGGGACGGAAGACGUGUGGUAUCUGGAUCGAUUGACAAGAGCGUGCGGGUGUGGGACGUGGAGAGAGGGAUUACACUUCAUACUGGGAGGGAAGAAGAUUGGGAUGAAAUCACGAGUCGGUUCCUGAAGACGGCAGACUUGAGUACUGCUUCUCGUGCAAGACGAACAUCACAAAUAUUUGCAAGGGACGGAGGAAUUGUGCAAAGGCGAGAGGAUGGGUCUGAGGCUGUCUUGGCCCAGUUGGACAAUGCAAGAGACUUGCAGAUAGACCACGAUCACGAGGUCGCAGUUGCAAGGAUGGGCCAUCUGGUUGCUAUCAUGAAGCUAUUGUAUAAGUAUCAAAGUGCGAUGGCCGCUUGGCGCCCGAGACAUUAGUAAUGCUGGGGAGGUUGUUUGUUUGUUAUGAAUGCGUGAGAAGGUUGCUUGAUGGACGUAGCAGUCCAUGUAUGUGUAUGAUGUGUAUGU